AGUAAGAUGGCGGCUGAACUGACCAUGUAAGCGAAUGUUAGCCGGUUUGCUUCGUAAUUCCUCGUCUUUUGAUAAAAAAUGCCAGCUCCAACCGGAGAAGAAAGAAAGAAAUGUCACGCGGCGCGAGAUAACUAUUUCGCUUGCCUGAAGUCAAAUGGAAACGAAGAAUCCGCGUGUGCAAAGGAGAAAGAUCAGUACACCGCGGUUUGUCCUGCAGCAUGGGUGUCUUACUUUGCCAGGAAACGUGUUUACGACGAAUAUAAAAAGAAAUUGAAUGAGGAGGGUUUCCUUCUAACGGAAGAACAGCCAUCGAAGAGCAAGCAAUAACAUUCUGUUGUGUACAGAGAACGUAAUUGAAUCACGAGAUACAGAGGUGUGCUGUCUGUAGGAAACAAAACAAUGCAUAAACAAGUGUUGUUUUACAAUUUUCAAUACAACUGCGAAGAACGACAUAAGAAAUCCAUGACUACUUUUUUUUAUUAAUCCAAACGACAAUCAGCACACGAAACUGUAAUUUAGCGAGUCAGUGUACGACUCAUCUUGCAAUAAAGUCACUUAAGAAGU